AUGCAGGGUGUGGACCUGUCUUACGGCACAGCAGCCGAUGCGUUUGUCAACGGGCAGCGGUUGAGCGGCGCGGAGGCCGGGCUGCCCGCCGCCAUCACGAAGGUGGCGGUGCCCGAGGCGCACCGCCGCCUGAUUGUGCCGUGGGACCCCAUGCUGGCAGCAGAGGAUGUGCGGCGUGGGCUGACGUACUACGGCAGCGGCAAGCGGCUGCAGGCGGUGGCCGCCAAGCUGCUGUCGGGCGAGCCCAUCAAGCUGUUCACCCUGGGCGGCAGCGUGACCAAGGGCCAGGGCGCCAGCUCCACCAAGGCAGCCUACCCCUACCGCCUCUCCGAGUUCAUCAAUGCCACCUUCCCGCACAGCGGCCACACGUUUGUGAACAAGGGUGUGGGGGCCACCAGCUCGGGCAUCUUCACGGCCUGCGUGGAGAAGAUGGUGGAGCCGGAUGCGGACUUGGUGGUGAUUGAGCUCACAAUCAACGAGCACCCGGUGGAGCCGUUCACCGGCCGGCAGCGCCAGGGAUACGAGCAGCUCAUCCGCAAGCUGCUCAAGCUGCCGGGCAGACCCGCCGUGAUCCAGCUGCACCACUACGCGUGGUGGCGCUCAGAGGGCGACGGCGUGGGCGAGGGCCUCUUCUACUUCCCGCAGGCCGAGGAGCAGCUGACGGUCAUGUCGCACUACUACGAUGUGCCGUCCAUCUCCCUGCGCUCCGCCAUCUGGCCCCUGAUGCAAAAGAAGAUCGCCGGGUUCCGGGCCGACAAGAUCUGGAACAGCGGGCAGACGUCGAUGGGCGGCGACCCCAUUCCCGUGGCGGGGCCGCAGGAGAAGCCAGACUUCUUCUACUACGACAGGUCCCACCCCAACGACUUUGGCCACCAAGUCAUUGCGGAGCUGCUGGGCUCGGUGGUGGCCAAAGCAGUGGACGAGGAGCAGCUGGCAGGGUGCCAGCCCGCAGGCUGGGCCGAGCCGCGCAACAACGUGGAGCUGCGGGAGCUGCCGCCGCCCAUGGUGCCCGGCAACGCGGACGCGCCCACCACCCUCUGCGCCAUGCAGGAGGAGUUUGAGGGCGUUGUGGUGGAGCAGGCGGGCUUCAAGUACAAGCCGGAGCGGCCGCAGGAGGAGACGUUUGUGGGACAGAAGUGGGGCUGGACGGCUGAGAAGCCAGGCGCCUGGCUGAUCCUGGAGUUUGACUCGCGGCCGGACGCCAACGCCCCCGCCCAGUUUGGCAACUGGGCCUCUGUGUACCUGUCGUACCUCAAGUCGUAUGAGGGCAUGGGCACCGCGCAGGUGGUGUGCGUGUCGGGGUGCGAGUGCGACAAGACGGUGCUGGACGGCACCUGGGAGCAGCAGGCCACGCUGAUGCAGAUCCACCAGUUCAAGGUGACGCAGCACGAGAGCUGCCGCAUCAAGGUCAAGGUGCUCAAGGCGCCGGGCGCCGUGAAGCAGGCGGGGCACAAGGUGACGCUGAUGGCCAUCAUGGUCAGCCACUACCCGCUGCGCCUGGACACAUACGACCGCACGGCAGAGGAGUUCGCGGCCAAGCUCAAGGGCGAGGACGAGGACGAGAACCCCACGCCCCACUACAAGACCAGCACCACAUGA